AUGGCCACCCACCGCUUCGACCCCGAUUUCACCGACAAUGUCAUCAAGUCGAUGGGCCCUCAGACGCCCGAGCGAUUCCGCGAGGUCAUGACCAGUUUGAUCCGACAUGUCCACGACUUUGCGCGCGAGACCAAUUUGACCGUUGACGAGUGGAUGACCGGUGUUAAGAUGAUGAAUUGGGCUGGGCAGAUGAGUGAUGACAAGCGGAAUGAGGGGCAGCUUCUGUGUGAUGUGAUCGGACUUGAGUCUCUCGUCGACGAAAUCACCCACAAACUCGCCCAAGAAGCCGAAGACACCCCCACCGCAACCGCAAUCCUAGGCCCCUUCUUCCGCCCCGACACCAAAUGGCGCCAGAACGGCGACAACGUCGUCCAAGACGUCAAGGGCGGAGAAAUGGUCUUUAUGCACGGCCGCGUCGUCGACUUUGUCACCAAGAAGCCGCUUGUGAACGCUACAGUGGAGAUGUGGGAGGCGUCGACGAACGGGUUGUACGAGCAGCAGGAUCCGGAACAGGUUGAGCAUAAUCUGCGCGGGAAGUUUAGGACGGAUGAAGAGGGGAUGUAUUCUUAUUAUUGUUUGCGGCCGACGCCGUAUCCGGUGCCGGGUGAUGGGCCUGCUGGGAAGGUUUUGAAGCUUAUGGAUAGGCAACCGUUCCGGCCUGCUCAUAUUCACAUUAUUGCCACCUACGACGGCUACAAACCUCUCACCACCCAGAUCUUCGACAGCAAGGACCCGUACUUGGCGAACGACUCGGUCUUCGCCGUCAAGGACUCGUUGGUUGUGGACUUUGUCCCUCGCGAGGGUGAUCCUCAAGCUGGACUUGAGCUCGAAUAUGAUAUCAAGUUGGUGCCGAAUGAGGGCAAGGUUAAUGGGGCAUGA